AUGACUUCCAUCGCCGUGUUUCCUCCCUUGAAGAGAUCCAUCACAGACAUCAUGGACGAGGAACUCUACCACAUCCCCAACUCCCCCAUCCAGUUCAGCUCGCGCAACGCCACCCAGCCCCAGACGCAGACGCAGCAGAACCAGAACCAGUCACAGCUCUUUUCGGGUUUCAAAUCGAUCAACUCGUCGCCGGCUUUGGCCCACAACACCUUGUUCAUACAUAACGCCGUCAACGGCUCCAGCUCGUCGUUGAAUGCGUCCACCACUGAUAGUUUCUUGGACCAGUACGUGUACUCGAACAAUCUCAACGCCACAUCUUCCAUCAACUCGUCGACAAACGUAAGCACCGCAAAUGCCAACAGCAAUCACGGCAGUAACGUGAAUACAAACCCUGCUAACUUCGACGCCAUGGACGUUGACGAAGCGUUCAACACCCCCAGUCUAUUUGUCAGCCCCUUUACCGACUACGGCAAUCCAGACUCAUCGCUUCUCACCAACAACCAAAUCAACCCCUUCUCGUUCGCUUUCCCCGCUCGUCCCACCAGAAGAAGACAUAUCACAACCUUAGACGAUGACUCAUCGCUUCGCUCUUCUACCAAGAAGGAAGACGACUACUUAUUGUUUAACCCCGACAUCCAGCCCUCGCACCUCAUCAACAACAAGUCGUUCUUCAACGACGAUUACUUGUUUGUGCCCAACAUAGCCAACCUUGCAGCCAACGGGAUUAUUCCAGGCUACGAAAACGACUAUUUGCUUGUGGAUGACUUUGACGAAGAGAUCGAAGCCGAUUUGUCAGAUGACGAGGAAGAUGACGACAACUACUUUCAUUUUGACGACGACUUGGACGACCUUGUGAUGAACAGCAACGAAUACCCUGAAGACAACAUUAACAUCAACGUCAACUUGAUGGACAUGGACGACUACUUGAAGAACACAAGCAGCACCAAUAACAAUCCAGCCGAAACCAUCAGAUUGAACAAGAAUGACGUGAUGAACGGUGGCUACAUUGACGUUAAGCAGGACAAGAUCGCACAAUCUCACGAAAUCUCUUCGCAUGAAAUUGACCACGAGGAUGACAUUGACGAACUUGAACUUGAAGACGAAGAAUUUGACGACAGAAGACAUUCGACGAAGUCGUUUGCCCAUAAGUCGGCAGCCGAAAUAUCCGCCAAUAACCCCAACCACCAGUGCGACUUGAUCAAUCCAUUGACGGGAGUCCCUUGCAACAAGCAAUUCUCCAGACCUUACGAUUUGAUUAGACAUCAAGAGACGAUCCAUGCUUCGAAGAAGAAGAUCUUUAGGUGUGUCAUUUGUGAAGGUAGAGCCAACGGGGGUCCAGGUAACGGAAAACUGAAGACAUUCUCCAGAGGCGAUGCUUUAUCCAGACACAUCAAAGUGAAACAUGGAUUGGUAGGUAAAGAGGCGAUUGACAUCAUCAAUGCCGCUAAAGAGAAUGUAGAGUAUGUGAGCGUAUAAUGAUUUUGGUUUGGUUUAUUUGGUUUUUUGGAGUUCUUGUACAUAGUCUUCUACAUCUUAUAUAUAGCAUAAUAUAAUCUUAAUGAUAG